AAAAAGGAGAUAACUCUGGGCAACCCUGUCAGCCCAGCUGUAUGUCAUUGUGUUGUUUUGACAGAGAAACUAAUCGGAACACAUUGGAUAAGUUGGACAACGUAGAAUUAUCAACUCUCUUUGAGGUUCGGUCCUAGGUUACUGUCUACAACAAUGGGCGACCGGUACAACAUUCACAGCCAGCUGGAGCAUCUGCAGUCAAAGUACAUCGGUACAGGACACGCAGACACCACAAAGUGGGACUGGAUGACCAACCAACACAGGGAUACCUACGCCUCGUACCUGGGACAUUUCGACAUGCUGAACCACUUGAGCCUGGUAGAGAAUGAGUCCAAAGCUCGAGUCCGCUUCAACAUCAUGGAGAAAAUGCUGCAGCCUUGUGGACCCCCUCCAAAACGGCCGGAGGACUAACUGGACUGAUGUGUUACAAUGAUCAGCUACAUUUUUGUUUCAUUUUUAUCAUUCGGUCCAUAAUUUCAUGUGACCCCGGAAGUGUACAAAAAUCUUUUAAAGACAAGAACUCAUGGGAAAUAAACUUGAUGCUCAUUUUUUCAUAUUUCACCUGGGUGUAUCCCCUGUUCAUUGGACAUUAAAAUAAAGGAUUAUCAUUUGUUUAUGGUCA